AUGAGCCCCGAAGCCAAAAAACUGACCCGGCAAAACACAACACUCAGCCCCAGGAUUCCAGGCGGCACCGAAUUUUAUGGUGCUGUGCCGAAGCACAGUGCGACUUUUGCAUGGUCCGAGCUCUGUGCGACGCCGUCGCCGGAGGAUUCCCUCGCUCCCGUGCCGCAAAUCCCCAUGAAGACCUGGUACAAUUCGUACGUAUACGUUCCGGAAGAGGGCCAGCAGGACCGCCAGUAUUUACAACGCUUCACUCGCGGGCCGAACGGUGAGUGGAUCGACGUGGUCAAGGCUCGCAGACUCGUCGAUGCGAUGGAGGAGCGGCGGCAACAGCAGAUGCGAGACGACGUGGAAAGGGAUAUGGUCCUCGCUGGGAUGCGCGCGAUGGGCUCCGGCGCCCUGAGCGCAGGGAUGGGUGCCAUGCAGAUGGGGAUGAGUGGCAUAGAAGCUGGUUGGGGUGCGAUCGAUGCGGGCUUCAGUGCCCUCGAGGGGACACCGGGAAGCCGGUCCGUGGGGCGCACUGGCAUGCAAGCGGGAGACGGUAGCGAUAUCGGUCAUGGAGUCCAUCAGACUCUCUACACCGACGCGUACUCCGGAGAGCGGCUCAUUGCUUGCAAGGGAAAGCUGCAGACACGCGAAGAGAUCUUGCAUGAGUACCACAUUCGCGGGCAGGCAGUACCCGAGGAUGAGCCGUUCUUUGACUUCGACAACCUUCGAUUUUCCUGGCCUUUUGCAAGGCCAGAAAAAAACAAGCCGGUGUCCCAACACACGUAUGACUGGUUCGACCGCCGCAACAUGUACAUCCAGGGAGACUCCAGUUGCGAGAUCGUGGAAAUGCCGAGCGUGUACAUAGACAGCGAGGAGUUGCACAGGUGGUGGCAUGCUGAGCCUCAGCGUCGGGCCACGCCGACCCCCAUGCCACAACCCA